AUGUGGUACUUCCACAACCUGCAAAACCAACAGCAAAACCUUGAAUUCAAAUUUGAACCCGUGCUGAGAGAAGUAGAUGAAAAUGAAGAAAGAGAUCUCAAAAAUUAUAUCUCAAAUCUUUCAAGGAAUGAAAAAAAUAACUUUCAUCAGGUUGUUUGUGAUAAAUGGAUAAACACACAUUGUGUACAUGGAGACCGUUGUCAAUCGCUUCAUGAGUAUAACAUCGAUAAGAUGAAAAAAUGUCAAUUCUGGGAAAAGUUCCAUGAGUGUUCGAACAAGUUUGAAUGCAUUUUCCGGCAUGAAUUAACAGAUAGAAUAGGAACAGAAUGUAAAUAUUAUAAUAGUGGAUUUUGUAAGCAUGGAGAUAAAUGCAAUAGAAAGCACACGCCUCGUGAUGCGAUAUGUCUCAAUUAUCUUGCAGGAUUUUGCCCAGAUGGUCCAAGAUGCCUCUUUGCCCAUCCGAAGUGGGUUGAUGAUAUAAGAAUUGAAAAAGAAAAUUAG